CAAUAUUUUUUCUUGGGAUUCGUAAUUCUAACUUCCAAGACUAACUCGUUUCUUGAUAAAAUGAAAUAUCUUUCGUGUACCUUGCUAAUUUUGUGGAUGACAACUGCAACUUUUGGAAUUAAAGUGAAUUAUAUAUAUGAAUGGAAAUAUGUCGACUAUAUAUGGGAAAGCAAUGAGCAGAAGGAAGACGCGAUAAAGUCUGGCACUUACAAUCGUUCUGCGUGUACGUUACUUGAUGCAGACAAAGCUAAAGAUGGUAGAAUAUUCGUUACUGUUACAAAAGAACUGGGUUUUGGUGCACCUGCUACUUUGACGACAGUAACUAAUGAAACAGGACCAGGAGGGCCACUUUUGCGACCAUAUCCAAAUUGGAGUUGGCAUAAUAGUGAUCAUAUGUGCGAUGGCAUGGUAAAUGUGUUACGAGUAAACAUUCGAUGCAAUCACAUCUUCGUUCUGGAUUCUGGUAAAAUUGGGCUUGACUACAUUUGUAAUCCAAAACUAUUGAUCUUUAAUUUAAAAGAUGAUACGCUAGUAAAGACUAUUUAUAUUCCAUUUGAUAUUGCUAAUAAUGCAACGGGUUUUGGAUUAUUAUUAGAGCCUUUCGUUUAUAUUCCCAAAAAAUGCACGCAGUUCCUGCAUAAAAUGAUUGUAUUCAUGGGUGAUGUACAAGGUAAAGGUUUAAUAGUGUAUGAUUCAUCUGUAAAAAGUAUGUGCAGAGUUGAAUCCGAUUACAUGAAACCGACCUCAAAUUUUACCUCCAUAGCAAAUCUC